AUGGCACAGGUGGCUCCAUCUUCGGCCCCGAUCCAAACUAAAAAAUGUAGCCAUGUGAUGAUGCCACUCACGUCUUAUCCGUUAUUGUCAUUUUUCGAUUUCCCAAUAAUGACGGAAGUGGCGCGCCGCCUCGCUGCUUGUAGCGACGCUGCCGCCGUCGCUGCCGAGCUACACGCAGCGCUGCCAGACCUAGCAGGUGCCCAAGACCGUUCAGCAGCUGUGGACGACGUGGUGGCGUUCCUGACGGCGGAGGAGGGGCGCUGGGCUGCCGCGACGCAGACGUUAAUUUCGGAAUUAAGAGGAGAGACACCGGCGUGCGACGCUCUUCUGGAGCUGCUGGACGCGCUGCUGGCCUGGGCGGCGCAGGAACAAGUGCAGAUAGACCACGGGAUCCUGGACGUAUUGCAGCAGUAUUUUCAGGUCGCUACGCGGCGUCUGGGCGACGGUGGAGACGUGCGGAGAUGGCUCAAGUGGGGAGACCAAGUGUUGGCUGUGGUGCACAGGAACGCAGCGCUAAUGGGAUCUGAGCAGGGUCUAGAGGCAGAGAAGGAUAGUGUACGAAGGAGGAGCUACGUGGUAGAACUGGCGGCCUCGCUGUUGCAGCUGCGCAACAAAGUGGAGGGGAGUGACGGCGCUACGCCGGACCUGAAGACGUCGACGUUCAUCUGGAAGAAUUUGGCAAAGUUGGCGACGGCUUUCGGCCCAGUGCUGGCUGGUGCUGCCACUGCCCCAGUUUCCGGCGAGGCUGGUGCAAAUACUGACGGAGACAAUGCUGCGGAGCAAGAACAGCAGAAUUUCAGUGUCGAGGACCUGCUCGCUGCGGCGGUGUCAUCUGUGGAGCAGAGUAUGGGGCAACUGCUGCGUGCUUUAGACGCACAAAGUGAGAGAGUGCUGGAUCUCGGCGUCUUGAAGUUCUUGAAGCUGUAUUGGAGGGCGUUCCAGCGAUUGACGGCUGCAUUCGCGAGCAGUUUGGAGUGUGAGCUGGAGAAUUGCAUCCUGUCAGUCGUGAAUGUGGCUUCCAGUUUGAUUUACGCCGGCCGACACAGCCAGGUGCCUGCGACAUCGAAAGCGGGGCAAGAGCUCCGUGGAAUGCUUGAGCAGGCCUUGGAGAUCACGGAAAAUCUGAUUGGUGGUGCUGAUGGUGCACUAACCGACCGGGGGAUCGAGGCUGUACGCACGCUAUUGUGGUACCCAACCGGUGACAUGACCCGAGCGGUAGGACAGCGGCAACCAUCAGAAGUCACCAACGUCGACACUGAGAACUGCAUUCGAUGGGGUCAUCUGCUGGUGCUUACGACGUUUGCAGGGGGCACUAGGAACGUCUCACUCAACAGUGCAGAUAAGGAGGUACCGUUCGACGAUGGAAACCGAGCUGUCGAGGUUUCCCAGCUAUUCGCUCGUUACCGGGAGUGCGCGCUUAGCGACUCGAUUUCCCGCUCAGUGGAAUCCGCAGAGCUGUUUACUGAUGCAAUACUGGGAUACUUGCUGAGCUUUGAAAGCGCGCUGGAGAUGCAGCUCGUGCUUCUGAAACAGAAUCUGUAUCCUGACUGGGCGCAACGUACGCUGUGCUGGGAACUCUGGCGGGAGCUCUUGUGCUUUUGUUGGGACGAGCCUCUAGCGGUGCAAGCUCUUCAAAUGCUUCUCGAUGUCACGCAAUGGGAGGACGACUCGGACAAAGCUUUCGUGCUGUCAGGCGGAGUUGAAGACGAAAUUUUGCAGUUGGUUGCGUUCGUCUACCCAGAUAUGCCGGUACCUCUGAAGGACGUUUGCAUGGACCAAGUGACUGCUGUUAUCGACGUGAUCAGCAGCGAAGGCCCCGGGCACCAGUUUAAUCUGCGCGUGGCGUCACAAUUGCAUUUGCUUGAAAAAUUGGCCGGGGUUCGUUUCCUGAAAGAGUUCGACGGACCGAUGAAGGACGAGUGGAUCGCCAAGUAUCUCCCCAUGUGCUUCGAGUGCUGCGGUACAGUUCUCGAGCUAUUGACAGCCGAAGGAAAAGCGUCGACUACCAAGCGCGAAAGCAUUCUUGGCAUGCUGCGCGUGCUCGAUCUUUGUCUUUUAGUAUUGAGAGGCGUUUUUGACGACAACGAACCGCGGCAGGACGAUAUCGCGGAGCUUUCGAUCAUUUUGGUUCGGAUGUCUACAGAAGCAUUAUCUCAACUGGCAAAACAGAGCAGGCUCGUGGGAGGUUCUCAAUCAAACGCUCGACAACCAAAAGGAAAACACCCCAGCAGCAGCGUGAAGUUGGAACGGGCUGGAUCUCGAUGCAUCGAACGAGCCGUUGAAUCCUCCCUCUACCUUCUCUCGAAGCUUGGAGCUGUGCUCAAGUCCAACAAGAACAAUCAAUGCGUGCACGUGAUGAAGGAUCUGCUCGCGACCCUGGAUAAUAUGGCGCAGUUCGGUGAUGCGGGGGAUACUCUCGUAAUCACGGCGCGGUUCGUGGAAACAGCUUUGUUCGACGUGCAAGUGGCUGAAGGCGAUGUGGCCGUUGUGUGGCAACUGCUUCUCGCUCUCUUCCAGAAGCUGUUCGGUGCAACUCGUGAUUCAAACUUCCAGAACACGCAUUUGAAGCUUCUGCUCUCCGUGUGUCUGGAUGCGUUGUAUGAGCUGCUUGCUCACUCAAACAUUGUAGAACUACCAGGAGCACCACUGAAGGCCCUACUGGCGGGAGAUCUCAAGCAGACCUUCAGGGAGACAGCGUUGAUGCGGAAGCUAUCACCAGAAGAGGUUGCCAAGGCACUGGAAACAGCCCAAACAAGCACACUACAAGCUCUCAAGCGGUCUCAACAUGCUGGUUACCGAGUCUUCAGGGAUCGGUUCCCCGAUGAACCUGAUGGCUUGUACGCGGAACCGGAAGAGACCAGCAACAAUUCUUCUGCAGCAUUACACAAGCGGCCAGCGGACGACUCAGAGAGCAAGCCCCAGAAACGCCACAGGCUCACUCACUUUGUCUCGUUGUGCCGGGAAAUCGAGUCCUCGCUCUCGUCAAUAGAGAAUGGCGAGGCGGCGGCCAAUAUUUUGUCGGGCAAGGAGCUCGAAGACGCCACUGCAGUUCUUCAUCGGCUUCUCGCCAAAACGAUCGCGCUCUGUCCCUGA